AUGUCCCACCCAAUCACAACCCAUGGCUUCACGCCCGUCCCCGCAAACCCCCAAACCCUCCUUUCACAAGCCCCCAUCAGCUCCAAGCCCCCCGCAAUCCCCGUCUCGUCAACCCCAAUCCCAGCCGCCCCUCUCGCCCUCCGAAUCCAAGAAUACGCCCGCACCCAUCUCCCACAGCCAACCUACCACCACAGCCUGCGCGUCUACCACUACGGCCUCGCCAUCAAGCGCCACGCCUUUCCAGAGUGGGCAUUCAGCGAAGAAACCUAUUUCCUUGCCUGCAUGCUGCACGAUAUCGGGACGACGCGCGAGAAUCUGCAUGCCUCGAAAUUGAGCUUUGAGUUCGUUGGCGGGUUUAUCGCGCUCGAUGUCCUGCUGACUCGGGACAAUGCUAGCGAUGCUAGCGAUGAUAUAGCCUCCCGCGACCAGGCGGAGAGUGUGGCUGAGGCGAUUAUUCGGCAUCAGGAUCUGAGGGAUGUAGGCGCUAUUACGGCGUUGGGGCAGUUGCUGCAGCUGGCGACGGUUUUCGAUAAUAUCGGGGGCCAUGCGGAGCUGGUUAGUGAUUAUACUGUCCAGGAUGUUGUUCGGAUUUAUCCGCGGUUGGGAUGGAGCUCUUGCUUUGCUGCGACGGUUGAGCAGGAGGUUGAGUUGAAGCCUUGGGCUCAUACGACGGCGCUGGGUGACUUCAAGGGUCAUAUUCUGGCGAAUCCGUAUAAUAAGUAUGAGUAG